CUCUGUUAGACUGGUGCUAUCUGGUGCAUGAUGGGAACACUGAGCCUCGCAAGACUGGCAGCUGCCCAGACAGAGCCUAUUCUCCAGUGGACUCUUGGCGAUCCCAUCUUACCCAGUAUCUUCUCUGCCAUCAAUGACUCCAUAGUGGGCUUGAAAAUUUCCAGCAGUCCGUGCAACCAUGAUGUGGCCCUGCUGGCACUCACUUUUGCACCCAAUACACAAACAGGAGUAUACAUUGGUUUGACAAAGUCAGCGUUCAAAUUGCCCGGGACAGUCUGGUUUAACACCACCAUGGCCCUGUGUUCUGCACUAUCAACAGACUGUACCGGCAUUUUGAUGGUGGACAUCAUGCUCACCACCCAACAUGUUUUUAUCCUGACUUCCCUUGGGCUCUUCAUCAGCAAAAGCCUGGUCUCGGGGCAGGGAAGUUUGACGUUCUCAAAAGUGGACUCAUUUGGCAAGCAGCAGGUGGAUUACUUGCAAGCCCGACUCUGGUACUCAUCCAGCUGUUUUCUGAAAAAAUUAACCACUGCUGGGGAUUAUAUCAGUAUGGAACUCGACACAAAUGUCAACCAGAGGGUGUCUUGCUUAUAUAGUAGGCAGCCAUUUACUCAGUGGUAUCUCUGCCCUCCACCAGCUGGCCAGCUCUGGUACCCAGGUGGGCAUGGAGUGUUUCUGCACGACUGGCAGAUGGAUUCUGGAGUGGUCCUGUCUCAGCAUCAGGAUAAUGCCCAAGUUUCUGUCUUCAGGAUGGAAGGCUCAAAACUGAAACGCAAUACCAUAUUUCCUGCUUUCCAGUUUGAUUUCCGGCCCCGGGGGAUGAUGUUCCACCCCAACACUUACAAUCUCUAUGUCUAUGGAACUCAGGUGUGGUUGUCUAAUGACGGUGGGAAUUCUUUUACGCAGAUCCUGGCUCUCAGUAAUGAAAUAAUUACCAGUGCUGCUACUUGCAAUGAACACCAGGAGGUGCUCUUUAUAUCAAAUCUGAAUAAACUGUACUUAAGUCGAGCAGGUGUUGCCAGAUGUGCACAACUGGAGAAGACAAUAGUAGGCAGCUCAGCUGUGUAUUGUGGCCAAAAUGGUGGAGCCAGUGUUAUUUCUUUUGAUCCUAACGCUCCGGGCGGACUGAAAUUGGAAUCCAUUGAUACCGUUUCUCAGUUAAUGAUUGAUUCAAUGGGCUGCAGUCAUGACAUUGCCCUGCAAUACCUUAGUAGAAAAAAAGUGAUGCUUCUGGAGGCAUUUCCUCUUUUGGACGACGCUCCCAAAGUGCCCUGCUUCCUCAUCAAACUCCAUAUUGGCAAGCAUAUAAUUUUGAAAUCUGGUGGUGAGGGAGUCAUCAUUCAAGUAUUUCCAGGUCAAGCUGCUGAGGGUUUUCUGGCCAAGGCUUUGGUAGAUAUGUUGGUGGACUUUCAAGGUGUAAUAGUGGUCAGCGUUGUCCUCAAUGUUACCAAUAGAGCACAGAAUGACGCUACAGUACAACUAACUGUAGGUGGCUCCUAUGAUUUCACACGAGUAAACACAGGCGCAAUCAUUGUGAUCCCUGGCGCCAGCAGCUUUUUGAUCCGGCGAGUGGACAACAGCACCAGUGCUACAGCCUUGGCAACCUUACCUAACUUGGUGCCUCCUCAGAGUGUGUAUGCAGUGGAAUGGCUGCUCUUCAAUGUACCAGCCAAUGCAUGGGAAGUAACAGAGGGCAGAUGCAAGCACACGUUGCAGGUCCCUGAUAUUCUGAUCAAAGAUGGUAUCUAUUACCUUGCCUUCCUGGAAAGGCAGAUUUUCAGAUUCAGUGCUUCUGAGGCAGCCUCAUCCUUUUAUCAGAAGCGCCUGUUGAGUGUGACACUGGGGAACCCUUUUUCCUUCCAAGUCCACAUCAAUCAUUUCUGGUACUCUUCAGGGACUCACUUGGUGAAUAUUUCCAUCUUCAGCCUGUUCUACAACAUGACUUGGGCCACCGUAACUGUGCAGAUGCCUGGGGCCUCCUUACGGUGUUCUGUAACCAGCUUCACCUUUGCCCUCCUGAAUUCUUGCCCCACUGAACUUUACAUGACAUAUAUUCCUGAGGUGGCAUUCAGUGAAUAUGAAUUAUUGUAUGGUGAGCCCCUGGAUGAGAUGGACCGAAAGAUGCUGAUGAAUUUGCCGGUGAAUUACAAGCCUCCGUCAGAUUCUCCUGACCCAGUGUCGCUUUCAUCAAACAUCUACAAUGCUGACCCCAGUAAACCAUUUGAAAUAUCCAACUACCCAGUUGUGCAGAAAACAAGCCACUUCAAACAAUGUAAAUUCAAGACCACACGCCAAGAGUGCAAUUGUACCAGUGAACUGAAGCUGUCACCACUUCUUAUCCAUUCAGACUGCAGAGAACGGGUCCUCCGUCUGCCCUACAAUAUAAGGAAGGUCAAAGUAACACUCAUUUUACAAAGACCAGAUUAUGAAGACCAUCAAUUAAGUCCGGUGUGCUUUAUCAAGAUAACUGAACUGAACAACAGGGUUGCUUGGGACAUCUUUGCUCCACCAUUGCACUCCGCCUUGGAAAGGCUGCGGUUGUAUCUGACCAGGAACUUGAAUGAAGAACUCUACCACCCAGAAGGACUCAAGAUAGGUGUUAAUGCCUAUGAACUCUAUCAUUUUCGAAUAUCUCUUUUCCCUGGCUGCAUGCCUUGUGACUUAGAGCAGGAAAUUCAGGUUUACCAUCACAACCCACUGCGAACAUCAAUAGCUCAAUGGAUGCUGUCACUUGGUGGAACGACCUUUGUGUGUCUGAUAAUACCUUUUGCUGUCCUGUAUAAAAUACACGGUAUUUCUUUUGUGAAGAAAGCUAUCAGGAAUCUGAAGAAACGACAGCCUAGAGUCCACCCGUAUACUGGUCCAAAGGGCAAAGGAAACAGAAGAAGUGGAAGUGUUAGGCGUCCCGUGCAGGCUUAGGGGUCAAUGAAACAUCCCUGGGUUUACUGCAGGAGAGAUCAACAAUAUCUGAUUGCCAUGUACUCCGUGGAGGCUUACAGGCAUAACUAUCAUUACUAUUCUGUGGAAUACUGCAAUACUUUUGUGUGUCUUUUAAUUUCAGUCCAUCUACUUUUUACAGAGCACCUUUUCAUAACAAGCAGCUUACUUGGGACAUUAUAUUAAGAGAAUAUACUGGGGGACUGGCAUGGAGCCAUGUUUAAUUCAUUGUGUGAAU